UUCUGUGCAGCAUCUGCUGUCGCUCUCCCCUGUCGGUCCUUCAGUUUCCCUUCCAUGGAGCUUGAGGGGGGUCAAAUUUUGCUGAAUUUCCCCUUUCUUUCACUCUGGACAACGUUAGUUAAGGACUUGGCCUUUCUUGGAACGCUCCAGUAUUCAUGGCUGGAGAGUAAAGUCAAACGAUGAAGAAGAAGUAGCGGGAAAAAAAACUACGCCCAGCUCUUCCCGUGCCGUGCCAAAAUCUGUCAUCUUUCAUCGGUGGUCCAGGACGGAGUGUGUCCUCGCUGGCGGAAAUGGUAUCUCGGUAGCCGUCGCCGUCUGGUCGUCGUCCGUUGAGUCGUUCCGUCGUUUUGUUGAAUGGCCUUGCUAAUGGUGAGCCAUCUUCGGUCCGCAUUUGGAGAUUUAUUGGUGUUAUCUGUCCGGAAACCGUAACGCGCGUCGCAGAUCGUCAUCCGUAGACGUGUGGACGGACCCCCCGUGGCAAGUGUGGUGAAGUGUGAGUUCAAGGCCUGAUACGGAUUAGCGGAAGGCCAUACGUGAGUGGUGGCCGCGAUUUGAGUCAAGACGUGAAACGAUGAAUGCUUGAUAAUAAAUUUUGUCGGAGUUUGAUCAAUUUGAAGAGAGGACCAAACUUGAAUAAAAGCUCGACGGUAAAUAAUUGUCCAUUCGAACGACAUGAUUGAUCAACAGCAGCAGCAGCAUGGAUUCUUUCCCAUGGAUAUGAAGUGCUCGUUGGUGACCGGUCCGCCGUCGUCGGUUCAUGGUGACGGUGGUGGCCACCCGGGGAUGCCGCCAGCAAAUGAAAAUAACAACAAUUUAAACAACGUCAUCAAUAACAAUGCCGGCACCAAUAACAAUAGUUGUAGUGGCGCUAGUAAAACAUCCUCUCUACAACAGGCAUCAACAACAACCUGUUCACCGGUGCAAUCAACCACAGCCGGAACGACCAACCCGGAAGCGUCCACGCCGGGCACGGGUGCGGCGUCAAAUACGAUGUCCAUGGCCACCACCCUCUGCGGUCAGUGCUGCAGCCCCAUCUGCGAUCGAUACAUAAUGAAAGUGGUGGACAUCUCUUACCACGAGAACUGUUUGCAGUGCACAUCCUGCGCCAUCCGGCUGAUGCAUUCCUGUUUCAUGCGGGACGGCAAGCUGUACUGCCGGUUCGACUAUGAGAGGUUGUACGGCCGCAAUCGAUGUCUCGGCUGUGGCGAGAAAAUUGGCGCCGAUGAGCUGGUAAUGCGCGCCCUCGACAACGUGUUCCAUCUAAAGUGCUUCAUCUGCGUCGUCUGCGGAAUCCGGCUCCAGAAGGGCGAUCAGUACGUCAUCAAGCAGAGCCAGCUGUUCUGCCGGCCGGACUACGAGAAGGAGGUGGAAAUGUUCCAGGGGUACAAUUACGAUGAUUACUGUUGUGAUGAUAUAUUCCAAACGCGGAUCGACGGCCGACGGGGACCAAAACGGCCGCGAACCAUCCUCACAACGCAGCAGCGCCGGGCCUUCAAGGCAUCGUUCGAGGUGUCACCCAAGCCGUGCCGGAAGAUACGCGAGGGCCUGGCCAAGGACACCGGGCUGAGCAUUCGGAUAGUACAGGUUUGGUUCCAAAAUCAGCGUGCCAAGAUGAAAAAGAUCCAGAAAAAGCAGCUGAAGGAGGGCAACAAGGGCAACCACAACAGCAACAGCAGCAGCAAAGGCAACGAGUCCCAGGACGAACUUUCCGAAAACGAAACCAAACUUUCGGUAAAGAUUAAGGACGAAAACUCAAGAUCAAAUAAUUAUCUCCAUGACAGCUGCAGUGACACCGAGGGAGGCAUCAACGAUAACGAUUCGUUUGGGUCCCGGAUCAGUUCGGGUGCGGAGGCAUUCAAGCCGGUCAAGGAGGAGCUGGAAAUGGACGAGGAAUACUUUCGACUGAUGAAUGCGGCGACGAGAUUUGGCGGGAAGGCGUUUGAUGAUGCAAUCCGGUAAUCACUCCUGGAACUGGCCGGUCGGUGAACGAUCGAGGACUAUGACGAGUUCCGAGGGAAACAAUUUAACCCCUCGCCAACUACUAACGCCCUGUCUCGCCAACCUAUGGCCAACCCAGAGGAUCACUGCGGAUGCUCCUAGAUUUAAUUGAGAAAAUUUAAUAAAGUUUUUGAAUAAAUUUGGCGGAGAACCUUUCCAGUUCUUCCGCAAUCGGGUAA